AUGUUAGGAGCCCCCUAUUUCAAGAGUGUUACCAACUCAGAAAUCAUCGUAGAAUGGCAGCAACUAGCAAGUCAUGGACGGAGAGUGGCAGGCCAUGAUUACAAUCACCCGAAUUGUAAGAUUGAGGAAACGUCGGAUGGGAGAUCGUAUAUGCAACAGAUGUUUGUGAAGGUGAAGGGGCAGUGGAGGAUUUCGGUUAUUAAGCCGGAGGUGAUAUAUCAUACGGGUGAUUUAAUGGCGGUGGGAAGACCGGAUGAGUACAGAUGA